UGACGCUGGCGGUUCCUGUCUGGCAGCUGAGGACUGAAGUCGUGUGAAGUUCGGACCUGUGCGGCUGCUCUCCUUUGUGAUCGGACCCAUGGCGGAGCUCGGCUUUGUGGUGGCCGUGUCCGUGGUGACCCUGUUCUGGGGCAUCGUGGGCGGCGUGGUGCCCUGGUUCAUCCCCAAAGGACCCAACCGAGGGGUGGUCGUCACCAUGCUGGUGCUGACUGCUGUCUGCUGCUACCUGUUCUGGUUGAUAGCAAUUCUGGCCCAGCUGAACCCACUUUUUGGACCCUCUCUGUCCAAUGAGACCAUCUGGUACCUGAACUACCACUGGGAGUGACCCGGGCGACGCGGCGGCGUUCCAAGAGAUGUUUCUUCUUAUUUCAUGCACAGAUUAAUUCCUGCUGAAUGGCCUUAAGCUCCUCAGACUCCUGUGUGAUUACUGAGUGGCGUCCACGCUGGUGCCUUGUACAAAAUGUUUCCCAAAGGACUUCUGAGAGAUCUCACUGGAUGUGCCUUACUUUAAAUUAAAAACAACCUUGUCUUAUGGUUUGUAUGUUAUGUAUAUCUGGUUUAUUGCUGUUGUUAAUAUACAUUGAUGUGCCUUGUGAUGUGUGUUCGUGAUGAUGUAAUGCAUUCCUUAGUUGUCGUAUAAUAAACCAAAAAUCAACACCA